GUCGUCCAAGUCAUUUCUAGCUAGUUCACUGCCUAAAAAAAAUGUAGCUGUAUGUACAAAUAAAAUGAUCAAAGAAGUAGCUUUUAUUUUUAUAUUAUGGCAAUUCAGAAAUGCAGACACACUACAGAUCUUUUUGGAAGAAAAUAAACUGACAACAUUUCACUGUCCUCCAUUUAAUGAUUCAGUUUCAGUAUUAAAUUUAUAUCUUGUAAUGAAUAAUGAACCAGAGCAAUUAUUUUCAUGUACUUCAAUGUUUCAAGAAUGUAGGAGUUAUAUUGGAGAUGUAGCUAUGCUCAACAACAGUGGUUCUUAUUUCCCAUUUACUUCAAACGUUAAUAAGAAACGAACAAUAACAAAAGUAACUUGUGCAUUUAUCUUUACACCAAUUACUUUGAGAUGGAACACUUCUGAAGAUGUUGCAUUUAUUGCUAAAGCUCAAAAUGUGAGCUGCCUAGAAGUGCAACUAAUCAAUAACAACACACAACUGUCGAUAACCUGCAUGACAACCAAAAUAUAUCCAGCAGCUCAAUGUACGUUUAAUUUACCAGGUCUGAUUUCUCACAGACACAUUAUCUACAAUGACUCUGUGGACUAUUAUCAGUCAAAUUGUACAUGGACAUCUUCAGUAAAUAAUUUUCAAGUAGGAAACUACGUACUGGAAGUAUCUUUUUAUCUCAAUAUAACACGUAAUACAGACUUUCAAACCACUGUAACCACAUUCUUUCAGUUAGCACCACCAAAAACAUCGCCGAUCAUACACAUUGCAACCAAUGGAACAGAUAGUGUGAGUAGACUUCAAGAAAAUAAAACCUAUACUGUUAUUUGUAGAGCACCUGGAGGUGUGCCUCCAAUAAUCAACAUCACAGUAUCAUGUGGAAACAUCACUAAGACAAUGCAAUAUGGAGACAUCUUUACAUCUCCUGUAGCAUUUACAAGAAAUAUGAAUGGGCAGAAUUGCACAUGUACAGCUCAACAUAUAACUGGAUUUUAUGAAAACAAUACAAACUCUUUACAGACAAAUAUUUUAUACAAAUCAUCUGUAAAAGUUCUAAGUGCUACCAGCAAUAUUAUAGACAACGGAACAUUUGCUCAAAUGUAUUGUGAGGCGGAUGGCAAUCCAGCACCCGAAAUUAAUAUUUUAAAAUUCAAUAAAACCAUAGCUUAUACUUCGAGUGGAUAUGUUCUCUUUCAUAAUGCUUCAAUGUCUUGUAAAGAUGCUGGGAAUUAUCUUUGUCAAGUCAACAAUGGAUUAGAUUUUAAAGAUAACGAUUUCAAACAAAUAACUCUAUUUGUUAGAUGUCCUCUUCAGUUUACAUUUUACGAACGUUUUAAGAACUUCAGUAUUCAUCAGGGAGAAAUAUUUUCUUAUAAUGUCACCAUCUACGGCUAUCCUGAGCCAGACACAUUUACAAUUUAUAAAUCGAGUCAAGAAACACAGAGUAUAAUUGUAAGAAAGCUACCAAUAGAACCACCUUAUAUAGCUAUAGAACUAAAGAUAGCCAAGCUUACAUCGACAGAUUUUGACUAUUACACCCUUGUUAUCUUUCAAAAUGGAGCAAAGAGUUUGACAUUUGAAUUUACUUUAAACGAAGCAAGAGAUUCAGCAAUUAAUGUCGCUGCUAUUGUGAGGGGAUGUAUUGCUGUUUGUCUAGCGGUGAUAAUUAUCAUAGCUAUUUCUUAUGUCAAAAGAAAAUACGAAAUAAAUCUAAUAUGUAAGAAAAAAGAUUCAGAAGAAACUGCAAAAGAAACAAAUACUUAUUCGGAACUUUCAAUCUCACAACAAAAUCAAGACAGACAUAAUUAUGAAAUUCCAAUGAGCAACACAAAUGUACCUACACCAGAGACAAAUGCACUAUACGUAAAUGUAAAAGAAAAACCACAAUUGAAUUCAGCAUACGAAGAAAUUGACACUAUUUAGAACAAUUUAUUGUUUUGCAAUACAUCAGUCACUGCAACCCCGGUCAUUUCAUCCCAUGGUUAUUUCUUUUAUUUUAACCAACACAUAUUAAUUAUGAAAAUUAUGAAAUCAGCAAUAUUUUAAAUAUUUUUUAUGUUGCAAUAUAAAAAGUGUGACAUAUUAAACAAGAAUAAAAGUUAAUGUUAUUAAAAAUAUAAAAAUACAACAUCUAUAGCUAAAGUCUUAAUGUAUAAAAUGAUUUGUUUGUGUGUUAAUCUAAAUUAAUAAGAUAGGUAGGCAAUUAUGUCGUUUACAGAAGACGAUCUAUUGAUUUGCUGUACAUUUGUAAAUCUAUAGGCAUUGUUACUUAUUUCUUAUUUGGAGGCUUCUCAGAGCCGCCUCUAGCCUGUAGUACUGAUAUCUUGUGCAACUGACCAUCUGGAAUUGUCCACAUUGUUCGAUGAUGGCAUGAAAGUAGAGAAUAGAGAAUGUGCUACCAACCCUCUACAACGUUGUAUGUUCGCGCUACACCACCGAUGAUAUCCAGAUAUUUGCAGGCAGUCAAGCUGAAGCAUUCUGCCACAUUGUCUGCAAAAAUAUGUGCUUGAAGUAGAAUUUGGGUUCCGACAUCCAAUCGUGUUGUGGCAUGGACUAGGAGAGUUAUUCUAAGUCUUUGAUCAUGUAAUCGUCGUGCACAUCUAUCUUAUUAAUUACAUAAGCCGAAGAGGGAACUCAUCCAUUUCUUUACUGCCAUCAUAGUCACUUCUAAUGUUCUGUUCACUUUACGUACUACAGUACUACAGGUCGACAGAAGUGAAAAUGAUAUUCCACUAAUCUGUAUGUCUGAAACGUAUCAUGAACAUCUGUUAUGGCGUCUUAAAUUGAAUUAGGUAAAAUGUUUCCACUACUUCCACCACACCUUUACUUUUUAUGAUAACAUCAUUCCGUUCAGUAUACGCACUUUAAUACUGACACCAAUUUAUAUCUAAAAGAUGCAAUAUAACAAAUAUCAUAUUUUACAAUAUAUCUAUUUCUUUACAUAUAUUAUUAGAUGUUUUCUCAACAAUAAUGAAGUGUGAAGGAGGAACACUAUAAACAGCAUAAAGACAUAUAAAAAAUGUUAUAAAUUAAUAUAUUUAUAUAUUGGAUAGUUUGCUUUAAGCUCAGUAUAAAAAUGGCUGUUCCCACCUUCUCUCGUAGCUAACAAAAUAGGGCUAUCUUCUUUCAGUGUGCUAACCUUAAAGGGAACCUACUAUAGGCUACAAAAUAAAUAUAAAAAAAAGCAAAGGAAAAGGAUGCUUGGGAGGAUGUUUCUUUCUGUGUUACCGCGUUCACUGUUUCUCCAUUUUAACCGGUACGUAAGCACACACAUGUACUUAAUCACGUUCAAUAUUCUGGCAAGCACAGCACUGCUGAAAUUUAAAUUGCAUCGCUAGAUCUUGAUUUUAUUCUACGUUAGAGGGUAUCAGUGUUUGGGUUGGGUAAUGUUGAUUCAGGCUUUGGUCGUGCAAGAAAGGUUAUUGCUGUGUGAGCCUUGGCUUGUUCAGAGCCAUGUCUUCGCUCAUGUAAUUGUUUCGGUUCAAGGGCCGUGGAGCCGGGUUAAGUUAUGUGUAUUAUUUAUUCAUGUUUCACUAGACAUUUUAUAAAUUGGCUUUGUUACAGAGCAUUUGUUAUAAUAUUAUUAUCAAUUAAUAGUUUAUUAUUAAAUGUUAUUGACUAUUGUA